UUUACAAUAUUACGUACCAACAGCCACAGGUCAUUAGUUGGUCGAAAACUUGAAAUAUCGAUUGCUUAUUAUUUGUCAUAACUCAUAGUAUUUAGUUAUCACCGUGAUUCGCCUUUACUCUUUCGUACUUGUGUUUUCUACUGUAAUGUAGUACUAUUACUUACUAUUAUACGGUCGGUCGUCGGUGUCUUUUGUAAUAUUGACUAUUUUGUCUAUUUUACGUUUUCACAAUUACUAUGUAUAUAAAAGGAAAAUUACUAGCUAUUUUGAUGCAAGUUGCUCUACUUCUAAACGCUCGGCGGAUGAAAAAAUAAGUAAAUAAUUUUAUUUCAAAAUACUAGCAAAUCUUAAAAUUUAAUACCUACCUAGUUAUAUUGUUAUUUUUGAAUGUUUUUCGUAUAAUAUAAUGCCAAGCAGCGUGAAUUCUUUCCGAUCGACAUCGUCUUUGACAUAUUUACCAUCACCAGUAACACAGCGAACAUGUAUGACUGCUGCUGUGAAACGCUACCGCUACUUGCGGAAAUUAUCGAACUUUAAACAAAUGGAUUUUGAGUUUGCACUAUGGCAAAUGACGUUUUUGUUUAUCAAUCCACAGAAAGUAUAUCGAAACUUUCAACACAGAAAAGAAACAAAACUACAAUUUGCUCGUGAUGACCCUGCAUUUUUGGUGCUUUUAAGUGGACUUCUAUGUGUUUCAUCAAUAGCAUUUACUUACGUUCUAAGACUUGGUUUCGUUGAAUUUUUAAAAUUUCUAUUAUAUAUUGUAACAGUGGAUUGUUUGUUAUCCGGUGUCGUAAUAAGUUCAGUGUUAUGGUUAGUAGCCAACAGAUAUUUAAUUAAAUCCAACUACAAAGGACAAGAUGUUGAAUGGGCUUAUGCAUUUGAUAUACAUUUAAAUGCUUUUGUGCCAACAUUAGUAAUAUCUCAUAUAUUUCAAUUGUUUUUCUAUCACAUAUUUCUCAGACACGAUUGGUUCUUACCAUUAUUUAUUGGCAACACACUAUGGCUUAUAGCUAUUGGUUAUUACCUGUAUAUAACAUUUUUAGGAUACAGCUGUUUACCCAUCUUGCAAAAAACUGAAGUAUUGUUAACUCCAUUUAUUCUACUAUUUUUUUUAUAUAUAUUGUCGUUUGCAAUAAAUUGGAAUAUAAGCGACAAUGUCAUGUCCAUAUACAAAUACAGAAUUUUAUAAAACUGAAAUAUAUUAUAUUGUAUUCUUUUUGAUUCUAUAAAAAAAUGUAUUUUUUCCAAUUAUAUGUUUAUAGAAAUUGUAUGUGUAUAUUUAUAAUACAUAUUAUGUCAACCUA